AUUAUUUACUAAAAGAGAAAGAGAAACGGUUAGCAGUGGAAAAAAUUGUGUAUUUAUAGCAGUUGAGUGCCUAUCCAGGCUUGAGCGUAAACAAAAAUGGAGCUCGAAGAAGACGAAGCACAAGUUUGCAGGCUCUGCGGACAAUGUGAGAGUAUUUAUAUCGAUGUUUUUGGUGAAGAAGGUACUAAGCGCUUUUUAGGUUUCAAGAUACAUUCGAAAAUUAAUAUUUUGAUUAAGCCUGAUGAUGGACUACCACAAAUUAUAUGUAUGCGAUGCUUGGGAACAUUAGAAUUUUUAUGUGAUUUUCAUCAUAUGUGUCAUAGUACUCAAAAAGAUUUAGAAUCAAUACUAGUGGAGGAAGCAACUAAAAAGAUAAAUGAUAAACUUGAAAGUGAUUCAGAAUCUGACAAAGAAAAUGUUUUACCAUUCAAAUAUGGGAAACGUAAAGGGAAAUCGUUACAAUUAGAACAAACAAUAAUUUCAAAAAUUGCAGAGACAGAUGAAACCACAGUUUCACAAAAAACUGAAAUUGCAAAUGAACAAUCAAUAGAGAAAAGUAAUAAUGCUGUAACUGUAAUUAGUCUUCCCAUAAAUAAUAAAAAUAUUGUAAUUACACAGGAUGAUUUAAAUAUGGAUACUUGUAAAUCUAACUAUCAAAUUACUGAAAAUGAAAUUGUUUUUGAUUCAAUUGUAAAUCCUAUAAAUUGCCAAAUAAAUAAGACUUUGUUUUAUGAUAAUUCAAAUGUAGAAACUACAUUUAAUAACUGUACUGAACAUUCUUUAAAUGCUAAUGUUUUAAGUAAAAUCAAUGUCAAUGAGGAAGUUGAGCAAGAAAAUGUUAUAUUUGAAGGAACUGUUAUUAAUUCUCACGGUGAUACUUCUAUUAUAAUGCCAUUAAAAGCAGAAUCUUAUAAAAAUGAAUUAAAACUUGAUAAUGCAUUAAUGGCAGAUGGUAGUGAAAUCGUUCAGGCAGAAGAAAUAGUUUGGAUAUCUAAUAAUUGUGAGUUAUCUGAACCCAAAAACUCAAAAUUAAUUAAUUCAAAUCAGUCAAAAACUACUAAUCCUGCUUUGGAAAGUGAAGCUGAAAUUCUACAAACUUUAGAAGAAAAUAUAAAAUUAACUGCUUCUACAGAACUAAUUGUACUUGAAGUACAAUUACCUGCUAAAGAAAAUUCUAUUGAUUUCUCUAAAAGUAUAGAAGUUCUUAAAAUGAAUCAUUCUUUAUCUACUACUAAUAAAGAACGUAGAUAUAGUGAAGGAAAAUUUACAAGGAUAUCAGAAUUAAUAACGGAUAAACAAAAAAGAGAGAUUGAAACCCAUUAUAGAAUUGAUAUGACCGUAGUUGAUGAAUUGAAAGUUGAUAAAAAUAUCAUAAUUCUUGAUAAAUGUAAAUUUAAAUGUAAAAUUUGUGAAGUAAUUUAUCCUAGACUCGAUAAAUGUCAGGUUCAUAUUUGGAGACACUUAGAUAUGAAACCAUACAUAUGUAAAGCAUGUGACUUUUCAACAUUAACAAUAAGCAAUAUACGUUGUCAUAUUAGAAAAAGUCACUUGAAAAUUAAACCAUUUCAAUGUCAUUUAUGUAAUAAGUGCUAUAAUUCAGCAACAUUACUUGAAGAACAUAUCAAUAUACAUACUGGUUUUCGACCUUAUAAAUGUAAUUUUUGUGAAUUUGCAAGCACAAGUAAACAAGUGUUAGCACAUCACAUAUUAAUUCAUAAAUCAAAAAAGGAUAUAAUUUGUGAUAUCUGUGGAAAAGCCUUUUUUUCAAAAGGUAGAAUGCGAGCUCACAAAAUUACUCACAAUAAAGAACAAGCAUUUAAGUGCACACUUUGUUCGACAUAUGUUUUGCAUGAAGAAGCUCUGGAACGACAUUAUAUGAACGUUCACAUGCAAGAUUAUAUUUGUAAAAUUUGUAAUAAGGUUUAUAAAUCAAAAAAAGCAUUACAUAAUCAUGAAAGUGUUCAUUCUGAUGCCAAAUUUGAAUGUCCAAUGUGUCCAAAUGUAUAUAAAAGCACUCACAUAUUAAAAGAACAUAUUUUGAAACAUCAAGGAAUUAGACAAUAUAAAUGUAAUAGUUGUAAUAAAUCCUUUGCUCAACAGUCUCAUCUUGCAGCACAUAUGGCUGUUCACAGUAAUAUAACAUAUAAUUGUCCUGGAUGCCAAAAAGGUUUUAAUCGUCAUGAUAAUAUGAAAGUACAUACUAAACGUUGUGAACAGUUUUUAGCAAAUCCUUUGCUGCAAAAUUUAUUAACUAAAAGAAAGAUAAGUUUUUCAAAGAAUCAUACGGCCAAGGUUAUCUCCCAAAAAAAUGAUAAAAAUUUUAAUGAAAAAAAAAAGAAUCGAAAGAAAUUAAAAAAUCGUUUCAAAAUCACUGUAAGUGAAAAGUCAUUGAUAGAAGAUGUAGAACCAAAUGAUAAUACUACGAUUACAGUUAAAAAUGAAUUAAAAUAAUAAAAGAUUUAAAUAUUUGUAUUCCUAU